AUGGAGUGUUAUUACAUUGUCAUCAGCUCGGCGCACCUCAGCAAUGGGCACUUUCGCAACAUCAAGGGAGUUUUCCGAGGUCCUCUCAGCAAAAACGGCAACAAAACUCUGGAUUAUGCUGAAAAGGAGAAUACAAUAGCCAAGGCUCUGGAAGACCUGAAAGCAAAUUUCUAUUGUGAACUGUGUGACAAACAAUAUUACAAACAUCAAGAGUUCGACAAUCACAUCAACUCCUAUGACCACGCUCAUAAACAGAGACUCAAGGAGCUAAAACAGAGGGAGUUUGCACGAAAUGUAGCCUCAAAAUCAAGAAAAGACGAAAGAAAACAAGAAAAAGCCCUUCAGCGCUUACACAAGUUAGCUGAACUCCGCAAAGAAGCCGCAUGCGCCCCUGGGAGCGGCCCGAUGUUCAGAUCCACAACAGUUACCAUCCGAGAUAACUUUAAUGACAUCUCUCAAUGUGCUCUCCUUGACUCUGCUCAAAAGGAGCAAGAAUUUAACCUCGCCAUGUUGCACAGCUCAAAGGCUGCUGGCAACCUCACAUCUGUUGCUUCCUUGUCACCAGACUCUGCCAAUAACUGUAUGCCUGAAGUCAAAAAGCAUGGGGAGCAAAUGCAGGGCCUGCACGGACAUAAAGUGGGUUUCUCGUUUGCCUUUCCUAAGAAAGCAGCUGUCAAGCUAGAAUCGUCAGCAGCUGCUUUCUAUGAAUAUAACGAUGAAACGGCAGCUGAUCAUGGGCUUAGCCGAAGAAGUCGAUUUGUUCCUGGGCCUUGUAGCCUUCAGGUUUCAUCUGCUGAAGAAAUAGCAUUGUGUUCUGAGGAGAAGAUGGCUUCCGUCGCUCCACUCAUGGAAAAACCUGCCACCCAAACAGAAUCUACCCCAAUACAGGACUCAAUGGAACUAGCCAGUGAGGAGAAUAUGACACAGGAGGUCACAGAGUUAACACUCCCUAUGUCUCAUUCAAAAGAGUCUGCAUUUGGUGAUUUGGAUUGCAUCCAUGUGGAUUCAGCAGCCUGGGUGGAUGAGACACUGUCCAGCGUUCCCCUUGGAAAUCAAGCCCUCCCUGCCAAAAGCCAUAGUGAAGAACAUAUGGGGAAUGAAUGUACAGGGCCCCCUGUGGAUGAGGAAUGUUUAUCACAGCACACUCCUUGGGAAGAGAAUGACCAGAAUAUUGGCAGUGAUUCACCCACCACUGAAGCUGAAAUUAAAAAAGGCACAUCUGAUGGGCCGAUUCCUGCAACUCCAGAAGGGCAAAUGAUAGCUUUGCCUUGGAAACCAAAUUCACAAAAAAGACCAUGCGAGGCAUUUGUUCCUGUGCUUAACAAACAUGGAUCAACCAUUCUCCAGUGGCCAUCUGAAAUGUUAAUUUACACCAACACAGAGCCCUCUAUUUCAUACAGCUGUAAUCCUUUGUGUUUUGACUUCAGGUCAUCAAGACCAAACGAAUGCUUGGAGAAAAAUAAACCACAGUCAAAUAUGCCUAGUUAUUUCUGUAAGGCUGAAUCUAGCCAGGGCUUGGUUUUAGAUCAUGCAGAUGACUCUCUUUCAGGGAACGCUGAUUGUAAAACUGACACCAAUAUGCAACCGUGCCACAAUGCCGCAGUGGAUGUAUCCUUAGCAGAGAGUUCUGUUCCUGAAAAAACCCAAGAUGAAUAUGGAUUGGAUACCUUGUGGACAACUGAAAACAAAGAAAAAUCCCAUAAUCCCCCCAAAUGUAUACAAAAGCACUCAUUUGACAAUGAGCAACCAAACAAAGUCUGGAUCAAAAGGACUCAUGAAAAGUGGUUUCACAGAAGUGCCAAGAGGAAAAGGAGGCGAAAGCUGUGCCAUCACCAUUAUGACAAAAUAACUGAGGACAAUGCUGAUCUCCCUCCAGUAGCUGAACCACAAAAUCAUUGUGGUGUUGACAGUAAACACCAGGAAUUUUCUACUGAUCUGGAACAAGAGGUAGGUGAGGAUGGAUCAGGAAAUUCCAUUGUGGAAUUAUUACCGCAGAGAUCAGAAGAUCCUGGGGUUGAGAACUCUGUAGCCAAAUCUACAGCCAAACAGGUCCAUCAGAACGAAUGUUCACACACAGUGUGGAAUACAAAAGAUGACAGAGACUGUUGUGUCAACUCCAAUCAUCUGGGGAGAAGGAACAAGCCAAUAUCUCCCCAACAAUCAAAUAAACCAGGACUGAAUUCUGCAAGUUGGAACUCAGUUUACACAAGAGCAUAUUGUAGCUGGAGUACCCAAAGAUCUAGCAGUAGCCCAGAACAUAAACAUAUAGGCUAUUAUCCGGAUGAAAAAUGCACAAAUCAAACACAACCCAUCAAGAGAGCCUCUAAUUCAGAUGAGCCAGAGAGAUCGCACAGAAAACGAAGGUAUCAUACGCACUCCUGCUCAUCAGAUGGAAGUUCAAAUGCACAGACCUGUUUCUCAGAAGAGAAUUCCAGACAAACGCAUCACUUAGCAGUAUCACGUAAACCUAAAAGGAAACGAAGGAGAAAGAGAACAAGGCUUCGUUGUAUGUUUACAGAGAGGGCACCAAAGAGGAGCAGGAGUGUCGGCUCCCCAAAAGAGGUCUCCACAGCUGACCAUUUUCCCAAACCACCCGCUGAGGAAAACACAGAACCAACUAAAACCUCCUCUACCACAGAUUAUGCAACUAAUAUAGAAAAAGUAAUGCAGACAGCAGAAAGCCAAACAGCUCCACAAUCUGAACACGUACUUUCAUUAGAAAAUAUCCAAGGAUCAAAGUGUUCUGUUACAGAGAAUACUCCCUAUCCGGAAGAAUUUACAUAUUCAGCUUCCCCAGCUACUGAACAGAGUGUUCUGGCCACCAUGAAGCCCAGGAAGGUGCUGGCAGAGGCAGAAAAACACGAGAAUGUGGAUGUUCCUGAAAUCCAGGCUCCUAGUAAGGUGCCCAGCCUUGAAAGAAACCUGGAGCCACCUCCCCCUAAAGCAUUUCUGUGCCAUUAUGAAGUGGCUGAGAACAGACCGCCAGAAAAGCUGCACCCGUCAGCCAACGAGUGGCUGAGGUAUAACCCGAGUCUAUUCACUGCCCCGCCUCCUUUGCCCUUCAAAGAAGCACAUCUCAACGGCCAUGCUUUCUUGACCACAGAGCAAAUACUUGCCCCGUUCGCCUUGCCUGAGCACACGCUGCUCUUGCCCCCGGAAAACCACGACAAAUUCAAAGAUCUGCCGUGUGAGGCCUACCACCAGAUCAUCCAACAAAACAUGCUGGCUGGCAAAGUGAAGCUGGCCUUUCCCCCGGCCGCCAUCCAGCCCACCCACAAUGGCCCUCUGCAGCCCCUGCCUUUGCCGCAGCCGCAGUGUUCUACCUCCGUCACCACCAUCCAUCACACUGUUUUGCAGCAGCACGCAGCUGCGGCUGCGGCGGCAGCAGCCACCGCCGCCACGACGUUUAAGGUCCUGCAGCCACACCAGCAGUUUCUCUCCCAAGUCCCAGCAAUUUCGCGGACACCUUUACCUCAUCUGUCAGUCGGUCCAAGACUCUGUCCUGCUGGCCACGCGGCCAUCGUUGCCCCGCCUCAGUUCCCGCUCCUUCCAGCCUCGGUCCUCCACCCGAGCCAUUUGGCUUUCCCGCCUUUGCCACACACACUGUUCCCUUCCCUCCUGUCCCCGCACCCAGCGGUCAUCCCUUUGCAGCCGCUCUUCUAGGCCUCCCGCUGAGCAGGG